UGAAAUUUUCCGAAAAUCUGCAUUAAAACCAGCCAUUGUGCAUAUUAUUCCGCAAAUUCAAUUCACCAUUCAAGGAUCAUACAUAAUAAACGUUGUAUAAGGUAAAUACUGUGUUAUCAAUUUAACGAACAAAUUUCAACAAAAAUAUCUUGGAAGAAAAGAAGACAAAAUGGGAAGAGAUACAGAUAGAUUAAGGAUAGUUAGCAUGAAUGCUUCCGGUAGGAAAGGAAAACAGUAUCAAAACUAUCGAAAGUCUUACCUGGACGAAAUUAUAGGACACGAUGAGCCAGAUAUAUUAUUUUUGCCUGGAGACGAGCCAGACAUGUCUUCACCAGUCCUAACUGAUUAUCGUCAAGCACAAGUCGCUCAUAAUCACGAGACUGUACUUUUGUACGAUACGAAGAGGUUGAAAUUGAAAACCCCAAACUGGUACGAUCUGAUACCAUCCUUGGUAGUUCCUGGCAUACACACGGGCAAACUCAUGUAUCCCUUAGUUGAUAUCCUGGCUCCUAAACCGACUCAACAUGUUGUCAAGAAGUUCCACUGUAUAAGCUGGCAUUGGGAGCUCACGCAAACAACAACAGAUGAACUUUGUCAGUUUGCACGUCGUUACUUAUGGCUGGCGCAAUAUCUUGGAUGGACUUCUGAAGUAGAGAUCCUGAUAGGAGGCGACUUUAAUUUGCCCAUUAAAACUAUUCAAAAGCUUCUAGAUGAACAUAAUACACUCGUUCGAAAAGCAUUUGAAGAUGUCAAACCUUUUUUCAGGGACAUGGGAUACAUGGAUGAAAUGACGGAUAAUGUUAAUCGACCGGGACGACGGCUUCGACAACUCAAACUCCACAAGUGUAGAUCUAUUUCAGGCGUUAGCCAGGAAACCGAAUACUUUGUUGCCUCAAAGGAAAUGCAGCUAUGUAAUACGGAAAUGAUGACGACUUCCAUCCUGCCAGGCAGAUGCACAAAUCUAACUGUAACAAGACCAGCUGAACAUCAAUACUGUCCUGCACCAACGAGAACAGAAAUGUGUAUUCCUGCACGACCGCCAAGACACAACGGUGGUUAAAAUCAAAUCUAUAUAUAUGGUUUUUGGUUAUGUUUUGUAACCAAUCAAAAUUAGGUAUCAUGUCUACG